AUGGCCGACCAAGAAGUGGUCAAAUUGGGUCCGAGGAAUGAUAGUGUGUUGUAUUUGCAAAAAGAUGGCAAGCACGUGUCUAUUGGUGCGUGGAACCAAAUAAAUAGAAUUCUGAAAGUGAGAAAAUAUCGGGAUUUUCGAGAUUUUAUUCCCGCUGAAAUUGUAGGCCACCUUCGUCAAGCCGGAUUUUACGAAGCCGCCUUAGCUGGGUCUCUGAAACUUGACAAAGUUUUAAUAUCAGCUAUGGUGGAGCGAUGGAGGCAUGAGACACACCCGUUCCAUAUGCCGUUCGGAGAGUGUACUAUCACUCUGCAAGAUGUUGCUGUUCAUCUUGGCUUACCCAUUGAUGGGAAUCCUGUCACCGGAGUUACUUGGUGUGAUUGGUCUUAG